AUGCCAAUUGGCAAAUUCUUCCGUUCCAAAAUGUACCACAAAAAGGGCCUUUGGGUUAUCAAAAAGAAAAAGGGCGGCAAAUUCCCCACCCACCCAAAAUCCACCGCCGUCAUUGCUCCGCCCUCAACCACCGCUAUCAAACCACCAAAAUUCUACCCAGCUGAUGAUGUGGAAAAAUCCCUCAUCAACGAACACAAACCAAAACCCACAAAAUUGAGAGUCAGUAUUACACCUGGUACUGGUUUUAUUAUUCUAGAUGGGAGAUUUAAGGAAAAAAGAGUUGUGUUCUUGAAACAACUUGUAUGUUCUGGACUAGUACUUGUUAGUGGGUCGUUUAAGGUUAACGGGGUUCCAUUAAGAAGAGUUAAUCAAGCUUAUGUUAUUGUUACUUCAAUGAAAGUGGAUGUUAGUGGAGUUAAGAUUGACAAGAUUCAACGAAAGUUUAUGUUAUUCCUUGUCUUUGUUGUGGUUGAUAUUGUCAUUGUUGUUAAUUGUAAAAAAAAAAAAGUUGUUGCUCCUGAAGAAGGUCCUUGCUGCAAUAUUUCAGUUCAGAGGAAAGAGAUGCCUGAAGCUGCUAAUGCUGAUAAAUUAUCAGAACUGGAACUUGAGAAUGCUUGUAAUGAGUAG